AUGUCUUACUCCUGGGUCGGCGCACCUACAGAAUUCAAUGGCACAUCUCCGUUGGGUGGUGACUCCACCGACGAGAACCUCAACCAAUGGUACCAAUCUGGUGACCAAGCGUACAUUCUGAUCGCAUCAGCAAUGGUGUUGAUCAUGAUUCCCGGUCUUGGUUUCCUCUACUCUGGCCUCGCACGCAGAAAGUCAGCUCUCAGUAUGAUCUGGGCUUGUAUGGCCUCCUGUUCAGUCAUCACCUUUCAAUGGUACUUUUGGGGAUACUCUCUGGCUUUCUCCGACUACGCAACCAAUGGCUUCAUCGGCGACUUGCAAAAAUUCGGCCUCAUGAAGACUCUUGGGGCUCCUUCCCCUGGCUCUCCUCUGAUCCCCGAACUCCUUUACGCCUUCUACCAGGUACGUAACAAUCAUAUCAUGCAAUUCUGUGCUGUUACCGCCGCCAUUGUUGUUGGUGCCGUCGCUGAACGUGGUCGCCUAAUUCCUUGCAUGGUCUUCAUCUUCUUCUGGGCCACUCUCGUCUACUGCCCCGUCGCCUGCUGGGUUUGGGGCGCCCACGGCUGGGCCUUCCACUGGGGUGUCCUCGACUAUGCCGGAGGUGGUCCCGUGGAGAUUGUUUCUGGUAUGUCGGCUCUCGCCUACUCGAUGAUCCUUGGAAGACGUCAGGAAAAGAUGAUGCUCAACUUCCGUCCUCACAAUGUCUCUCUCAUCACUCUCGGUACUGUCUUCCUCUGGUUCGGUUGGUUGGGCUUCAACGGUGGUUCCGCUUUCGGUGCCAACCUUCGCGCUACUAUGGCUUGCUGGAACUCCAACCUGACUGCCAUGUUCGGUGCCAUUGCUUGGGUCGUUCUCGAUUGGAGGCUUGCUCGUAAGUGGUCCAUGGUUGGUUGGUGUUCCGGUACCAUCUCUGGUCUCGUCGCCGCCACUCCCGCUUCUGGUUUCAUCACCCCCUGGGCAUCUGUUGUUCUCGGAAUCACUACUGGUAUCGUAUGCAACUUUGCAACCAAGAUCAAGUUCUGGAUCCGCAUUGACGAUGCUAUGGAUGUGUUCGCUGAGCACGGUGUCGCUGGUAUGGUCGGUCUCUUCUUCAACGGCAUCUUCGCUGCCUCUUACAUCAUUGGUCUCGACGGUGUCAACAACGGUAUUGAUGGUGGAUGGAUUCAGCACAACUGGAAGCAGUUGUAUAUGCAAAUUGCCUACAUCGCCGCUGUCACCGCCUACUCGUUCGUUGUCAGCGCUGCAAUCGCCUUUGUCAUCGACAAAAUCCCUGGACUCCACCUUCGCGCUUCUGAGGAAGCCGAAUUGCUAGGAAUGGAUGACGAUCAGCUCGGCGAGUUCGCUUACGACUACGUUGAGGUCCGUCGUGAUUACCUCGCCUGGACUCCUGCUCGGGACCAGCCUGAGACUGCCGAUCACCAGAUCCCUCAGGGUGAGCGCCACGGUAUCCCCCAACAUUCGCAAAUGCUGGAGGGCAAGGCCCCCAGUGAGAGCGACAGUCAAGGAAACGAGCACACCGGUAUCGGUGGUGACCGUCACGCCGUUGCUUACGAGAAGGCCGAACGCGAACAACGCACCUUGGACGGUUAA